AUAAUGCCACUUUCUUCUUAACUUCAUCUUUUGGUUCUACCCACAUGUCUUCUACACUACCAACAUCGCUGUCUAAUGUAAUUGUACAUUUAUCUUUGUGGUCCUUCCUUCUUCUUAAUUAUCAAUUUAUACUCUUACCUUUUCUUUUCAUUAUUUAUUUUUAUUUUUCAUGUACAGUCCACCUUAUAUUAUAAAGUUAUAACCUCGCUUGUUCAACUUCAUUUUUCCAAAGAUUCUACUACAUUUUUCUAUGCUCAUUUUUGUUACUUACGUUAGCAAGAACUACUAGCUAAGCUAGCUUAACUAAGUUUACUUAAUUAGCUUAUUACUUCAGUUUUCGGGUGUUCGUUGGCCGGGUUUUUACGAUACAUUAAGACAAUGUCUAGCAGAAGGUCAAGGCAGCAAUCAGGAAGUUCAGGAAUCUCCGAUGAUCAAAUCAUUCAGCUUGUCUCAAAGUUGCAACAACUAGUUCCCGAGGUUUGCCAACGUCGUUCCAACAAGGUUUCGGCUUCAAAAGUUCUUCAAGAGACUUGCAACUACAUAAGAAAUCUACAAAGGGAAAUGGAUGAUCUUAGUGAUCGUCUUUCACAGCUCUUAACCACACUUGAUGCUGAUAGUGAAGAGGCACAAAUCAUUAGGAGCUUACUUAAUUAAUUAAUUAAUCAAUUAAUUAGAUCAUAUAUCUUAAUUAAGGUCAAUGCUUUUCAUUUUUAUAUAGUGUUACCUAUUAUUCUAGCUAGGAUUAAUUAAUUAAGUAAUUAAUUUCGUACUAAAUGAAGCAUUCAUGGACUAGGAAUCAUUAGGUACCUAGAUCUAGCUUGUAAUGCAAAUAUAUAUAUAUCGAAUACAUAUAUAUAGAAUAUGGCCUUCUGUAAUUAAGCUCUUUAAUAAUAAUAAUUUGCACGCAAUUAGUCCCUUUAUGUAGAUGUUAAGCUAGUGUUAUUAUAAUUUCUUUGACUUGAUGACUUUUUAUGUUGAAAAGGAGCAUAAUCAUUUGCACG